AUGCUGGCUAGUCCCAGCACAAAGCACAAGAAGCAAGCACCAGGGCACAGAAAUCACAUCCGCCUAGACGCGACCCGCACCGCAGCAGGAGGGCAGGAAAAGAGGAGGUGGAGGGUCGCCACCGGCCCUGAGUGGCCGUGCUGCUAUUUCGAGCUUGCGGCGCGCUGGCCAAUCCCCGGCGCUCCCCUGUGGCCUCGUGGCCAAUCAGCGCUGUGCCCGACGGCUGGCGUCUAUAUCCGCCGAAUCUCCUCGGGCACGAAGAGAGGCAAGUUUGAUGGACGCUGCACCGGAGAUGCACGGCCAACGCCGCUGUCACACGGCCUGUGCCAAUCGCGCGUCGUGCUGGAGAAGCUGCUUGUCUCAGUGCCCAUCCGAGAGCCAACCAGAUCAACGACGCCCGGCUAUCAGAUGGAGGCACAUGUCACAAAACGUGGCCGUAGGAUGAAGCACAAGCAGCUCCACGGUUCAUCUUCUGGGGUCCUGAUGGGGCAACUGCGGAGAAAGAUGCGGGCCGAUGUGCCAAUGGCAGCUGUCUGUCAAUGGCACAAGACAAGGGUGAGGUUGGCCGAUCUGCCUUAG